AUGUCCAGUGAUGAUAAAAGUAAACCUGGUGAACAAAAGAAUGAACCUAAGUGUGAACAAAAGUGUGAACCUAAAUGUGAACAAAAGUGUGAGCCCAAAUGCCAGCCCAGCUGUUUAAAGAAGCUGUUGCAACGGUGCUCUGACAAGUGUCCACGUGACAAGUGUCCAUCACCAUGUGUACCAAAAGGCCCCCCUCCAUGCCCUCCACCAUGUCCCACUUUGUGCCCCCCACCAUGCCCUUCUAAGCCCAUCUGUGCCAAGCCCUGUCCUCCUAAAUGCCCUUCUCCCUGCCCACCCCCAGAGUGA